CGUGGCGUACGUGACGUACCGCCAUGUUGUUUCAUGAGUUUAGUUCUGAAGAAAUGUGCUUAACUCUCGUAUGUUGAAGUCUUUUAUCGAUUGAAUUUUUAUCUAGAUCGGCGACAAUCAGAAUGGUGUCGCUAGCAAGUAUUCUUCCCUCGCCUGUGAACGUGGCUUAUGAGGAAAGAAACGAGGAUGACGAACUCGAACGAGCGUACAACCAACUCAAUGUUUCGGCGGGCUCAAAGAAAGACCCACCGCCGUAUGGUCGAAGGAAGGGAUGGAUUCCUCGAAAGCUAGAGGACUUUGGAGAUGGUGGAGCCUUCCCAGAGAUUCAUGUAGCUCAGUUUCCACUAGACAUGGGACGAGCGAGGAAAGCUAAGUCGUCUAACGCGAUUCCUGUACAGUUAGAUGCUCAGGGUCGAGUAAAAUAUGACGCGAUCGUAAAACAAUCGCAAAAGAAAGACAAAGUAGUUCAUUCUCGCUUCACAGAUCUUGUACCCGCACAUCUAAAGGAAGACGGGGAGUCGGAUCUAAUGCUACCAGACGAAGAAGAAGUUAAAAGUGUUACCGAUAAAACGAGAGAAGCCCUGGAGAAAGUUGUCAACUCGAAAAUUGCUGCUGCCCAACCAGCCAAAGCAGCCGAGCGACCGCAAGCGGCUCAAUACAUCCGAUACACGCCGUCCCAACAAGGGGCCGCCUUUAACUCCGGCGCUAAACAAAGGGUAAUCAGGAUGGUUGAAAUGCAAAAAGAUCCCAUGGAACCACCGAGAUUCAAGACCAACAAAAAGAUCCCCAGAGGACCCCCCUCACCUCCCGCCCCUGUGAUGCAUUCUCCCAACCGUAAGGUGACAGUAAAGGAGCAACAAGAUUGGAAAAUCCCACCAUGUAUCUCAAACUGGAAAAACGCUAGGGGCUACACCAUUCCUUUAGACAAGCGCCUGGCUGCUGAUGGCAGAGGGCUGCAAGACCCACACAUUAAUGACAAGUUCGCAAAGCUCGCCGAGGCUUUGUACAUAGCUGACCGCAAAGCUCGUGAGGCAGUGGAAAUGCGAGCACAGCUAGAGAAGAAGGUGGCACAGAAGGAGAAAGAAAAGCAGGAGAAAAAGCUUCGAGAGUUGGCCACAAAGACAAGAGAAGAGAGAGCUGGAAUCAAGGCAGCAGUCGACAGGUCUGAGGAGGAACAAGAACGAGACCAGUUGCGUUAUGAAAGGCACAAGGAGCGUGAGAGAGACCGCCGUAUCUCCAAGGCUGCCCCAGACAAGCGAUCAAAGCUGGCCAGAGAUAAGGAGCGUGAUAUCAGUGAGCAGAUUGCACUGGGUGGUGCACGAGGUGCUGCAUCUGAAGAAGCUAUGUUUGACCAGAGACUUUAUAACCGCUCAAAAGGAAUGGACUCUGGAUUUGGAGAUGAUGAUGCCUAUAAUGUUUAUGACAAAGCUUGGCGCCAAGGAGCAAGCACAGCAUCCUCUAUAUAUCGCCCAUCCAAGGGUAUUGUGGACAAAGACAUCUAUGGCGAUGACCUUGAGAAGUUGGUCAAAACUGACAGAUUCCAGCCUGACAAAGAGUUUGCUGGCACAGACCAUGGUCAACGUCGUGAUGGUCCUGUUCAGUUUGAGAAAGAAGAGGAAGAUCCUUUUGGACUGGAUAAAUUUCUUACACAAGCCAAGAAGGGAAAGAGGACAAUAGAUGAACCAAGGUCAAGAGAUCACGAAAGCCGCUCUAAGAGAAAGCGCUGAAAGGAUAAAAACUUGCUAUUAAAUUUUAUGUAAGUUAUUUUGAUAGCUAGUCUUUUGCAACCAUGGUAUGGAAGGGACUUGGGGAAAAGAUGACUCUUGAUUCAUGAUGUAGUAAGCCUUGAUUGUGGACAACUCUAUGGCAAAGACAGCAAAUGAUUCCCAUUACGUGAUAUUGAUAGUUCAGAACCCCUAAAUGACAGAAGCAAGUAGCAGACUCUUUCUUAAACAUCACCAGAUGUAAUAUAAUUUCUUUAUAAUGUCCUCUAUAACAUAAAAAGGUUUACAGAAAUUUUGAGCACGUCACCCAUUGUAUGAUAUAAUACCUGCCAUAGCAGCUGUGUGAUUAAACAGGUCUCUAUCAAUUUAUUGCUAGCUUUGACAUGUUUUUAAUGUUCAAAAACCUUGUUUUUUUUUCUUAUUAAAUCCUCCUUUUUUAAAGGAUAUCAUUAAAUUUCUGUGUGCUAGAGGUUGACAGUGGUUCAUCCUUUUAUUUUAUUCAGUACCUACUAACUACAAAAUAAAACAAAUGACUCCCUGCAGUCCCUUCUCAGUUGACAGUGUCUAGAAAUCGGACAGACAUAUUUUCUCUUGUUCUUACAGAGGUUGGCCCAGGCUGGCCUAACUCAUGUGAAGUAAGAUAAUGGUGUGAGAGACUGUGCAUCAGAAAGCUUACUAUUGUAAUGUAUGCAGGCCCGGGUCUAUUUUCAAAACUUAGAUAUUAAUACAGACCCUGUCCAUAAAUGACACAUAUUGUGUGUCCUGUACUCUGUCUAUGAAACCACACGAAUGGACAAGAUAAUAAAACCGUGAAAAAAUCCUUA